AUGCGUUACACAAUCUCGGGAGCCGCGGCCCUUUUUGGGCUCGCCGGAUCCGCCUCCGCCCAGCUCCGCGCCUCGGCUUACACCGAUCCCCAGACCGGCAUCGACUUCCAGCGAUACAAGCCCGACGCCUACCCCUACAGUUUCGGUAUUGCCGUCCCCGAGACCACCGGCACCGACUUCAUCGGUCAGAUGGUUGUGCCCAUCUCUACCAAGGGCAACUGGGGUGCCGUGUCGUUGAAGGGAGGCAUGUUGAACGGUCUGCUGUUCGUCGCCUGGGCCGAUGGCGAGGACAUCGUCACCUCGUUCAGAAUGGGCAGCGCGUACUCCAACCCUGACGUCUACACCAAGACCGAGGUCAAGGCGACCCCCAUCGCCAACGGUACCUUCGUCAACAGCACCCACUUCUCGUACACUUUCCUGUGCAGCAACUGCGUCGACUCCACCGCGACGACCCUGGCCGGCGAGUCUCCCAUCCUGGGUUGGGCCUUCUCCGACACCAGCCCGACCACUCCCUCCGACCCCGCGAGUGCCCUCAACUACCACUCUGCUGGUUUCGGCCAGUUUGGUCUUGACAUCGCCAGUGCCAAGUCCGCCAAGUUCGAGGAGUGGUCCAAGUACGCGAAGGAGGUUGAGACUACCCCCGUCCCUGGCAACGGCACUACCACUCCUGUUCCCGGUAACAGCACCACUCCCAUCACCACCUCCAACAGCACCUACGAUGUCAUCGUCGUCGGCGGUGGCCCUGCAGGCAUCAUCGCUGCCGAGCGUAUCGCUGAGAGCGGCGCCAGCGUCCUCCUCAUCGAGCGGGGCCCUGCCAACACCGUCCCCCUGGGCUCUGACUUGGCUCUCCCCUGGAACGACACCCUCACCCCCUACGACAUCCCCGCUCUCGGCAGCUCCAUGACCUCCCUCUCUGGCAUCAGCAUGUGCAGUGACACUGCCUCCACCGCCGGCUGCCUGUUGGGCGGUUCCAGCUCCAUCAACGGUCUCAACUUCAUCCACCCCCCUGAGCACGACUUCCAGCGCUGGCCCAAGGGCUGGAACUGGGCCGACAUGUCCGCCGCCGCCGAGCGUCUGUACGAGCGCAACCCCGGCACCACGGAGCCCUCUGACGACAAGAAGUACUACGACGACCUCACCUACAGGGUCCUGUCCGGCCUCCUGAGCGGCAAGGGCUGGAAGGAGGUUGACUCCAUCGAGUCUCCCAACGAGAAGCAGGCCGUCUUCUCCCGCCCCUCGUGGUCCAUCAAGGAUAACCUCCGCGCCGGCCCUGCCCGCACCUACAUGCCCUUUGCCCAGCAGCUGCCCAACUUCACCCUCAAGCUCGAGACCAAGGUGAUCCAGGUCGAGCGCACCGGCAGCACCAUCACCGGCGUCCUCACCCAGGCCGCCGACGGCAGCAAGCAGAUCAUCAAGGUCAACCAGGGCGGCAAGGUCGUCCUCGCCGCCGGCGCCAUGUCCUCCCCCCGUAUCCUCUGGAACUCCGGCAUCGGCAAGUCGGACGCCCUCGCCAUCGUCAAGCAGGGCGCCGCCUCCACCGGUGUCACCCUCCCCGCCGAAGCUGACUGGAUCGACCUCCCCGUCGGCCACCACCUCCAGGACCACGCCCAGGUGAUGCUCCAGUUCAACUCCCAGACCAACUUCACCGCCUACGGCUUCAACGCCAUCGCCUCCAACCCCGUGACCUCCGACCUGGCUCUCUAUAAGGAGGGCUCCGGCCCCAUCACCCAGGCCGCGCAGCGCAUGCACCUUUGGACCUCCGCCGAGGGCGCCGACGGCCGCACCCGCUACCUCCAGGGCACCGCCUCCGCCAUGCAGAACGGCAUCAUCACCGUCCGCACGUUCCUCACCCACGGCACGUCUACCCUCGGCGAGCUCGGCAUCUCCGCCUCGGGCAACACCGUCCUCAACACCAAGCCCUGGCUCAUCGACACCGAGGACCGCAAGGCCAUGUCCGACUUCGUGCAGUACUGGCUCGACCUCACCAGCGGCAGCAACUCCACCCUUAGCUACGUCACCCCGGGCGCCACCCCCGAGGACAUCAUCUCCACCAAGAUGAUCUCGGGCGACCACUGGGUCGGCUCCGCCAAGAUGGGCACCGACGACGGCCGCUCCGGUAACGGCACCGCCGUUGUCGACCUCGACACCAAGGUCUACGGCACCGACAACCUCUUCGUCGUCGACGCCUCCAUCCACCCGGACCUCCCCACCGGCAACACCCAGGCCAUCAUCAUGAUCACCGCCGAGCACGCCGCCGAGAAGAUCGCCGCCUUCAAGGUCAGCGGCUCCGGCAGCAACUCGACCACCACCCCUGCCCCCGAGAACUGCAAGCGCUCCGAGAAGCGCGCUGCUCGCCAGGCCAUGCGCUUCAGACGCCAUGUCCACAUGCACAAGUACUAG